AUGCAUUUCAAAAAUGCCGUUAUCCUUUGUAUGUUGUACUUCGUGACCGUGACACAGAGCGCCGGACUCAAUGAGCAGCAAGCCGCGGAUAUUGUUGAUUUUUUUAAUGACUUCGAAACAACUACAAACGAAAUUCCUAAAGAAGAUAUCGUGAGUUUUGGAAUAGACAUUGGCAUGAAAGACAUGAACGAUUUUACAUACAACGAAGCUUUGACUGACGCUCAAAAAGCACAAGAUCUUUUGAUACUUCUGGCCAAUAACGAUAAGACAUCUGACCGCUGGACGAAAAAAAAUGUAUCAUCCUUCGAAGUAACAAUUAUCGUGACAGUGUUUAGAAAAUUCGACGAAAAGGUUGUUAACGAUGGUCUUAUUGACUACAAUGAAUUAAAAAACCUCGUUGAUAGUUUAAGUCUAACACAAGAGUUCAAAGAUGAUUUAAAAGGCGCAUUUGACACAGAUGACACAGCAAUUAACGCCGCGGAGUUAGUGAAAGCCUAUUUGAGUGUAAAACCAAGAAAAAAAAUCCAUUCGUAUACUUACAUGAUUUAUAUACUUGUACUUAGGACGGAGGUAUAA